AUGCGCACACUGACAUUUAGCACUUUGUUUCAAUUUGUUCGGCAUCCACCUCUUUUAUCCAAGAUGAGAAUUAGUGUACCCAUAAUCCUCCUUGUUGCAGUGGCAGGUUUCCACAGUGUGAUUUCAGCAUCUCUGCAAAGUGAUGAAAGGACUGAAUUGCCAGAAGAGAGAGCGUUUGAAGAGAACAGCAUGACUCCACAAACAGAUGGGUCGGAGUAUGAGGCUGCUCAUGUGAAAGAUGGAGAGACAAAGGCAAUGACAGACACUACAGAGGAGGAAGAUGAUGACGACUCAGAAGAGCAAAAAUUGCUUGAGAAGGAAGAUAGUGAUGGAGCGAACACCGGAAGUGACGCGCCCAUAGAUUCAGACUCUCAGGACGACAGUAAGUAAAUUCAUUUAAAUUACAGUAUAGUGCAAACAAAGACACCAGGACAAUGUUUCCUUUGUGUUAUUUGAUUUCUAUGAUUAUCUCAGACAAUAUUAAUAUAGUAUAAGGUGAUUAGUCUUUAUACGGUGGUUAUACUGUAUGUUUAUUGCUGUAGUAUUUCCCUGACUUAUGUAAAGUUAUGUAACACGUGUCUCUUAUUGCACAGCCUCUCAACAGAUCACAGGUAAACGCUUCACAUUACAUUAUUUGUAGCCAUAAUUAAAGAGGAAAACAGUUAGUAGUCUAAGAUGCGUCCUUUCAUUAAAAUUCAAUGAUUUUUGGUCACGUGUGUGGUGUUUCUCUUGAAAUUGAAUGGCUGACUUUUUGACUCCUGCAAUUAUAAUAGCAUUUUGAUGAUUGACCACAUAUUUUAUAUAGUCUCCUUGUUUCCAGUCCUUAACUUUUGUGUUUUGUUCUUCUCUAGAACACAGUGAGCAGGUUGAAGAGAAUGUGAAAAGUUCUGAGGAUUUCGGUGAUGAAGAAUAUGAUGUAUAUUACAAUUCUUAAGACCGUGUGAAGCAGCUGUGUGGAAUCCAUCUAACAUCUUUAUUAAAACCGAAAUGCAUUGUUUUAUAAAGCAUAUUGCAAAAAUUCUAACCAACUGUAUGUACCACCUGGACAAAAACAUGCAUGGUGACCUUUCACACAAUUUGUGAUGGCUGUUUUUUCCCCCCCAAAUAAAGACUGUAAACACUG